ACUUGCAAGCUGUAAGCAGCUGCUGUAAGACACAACUCACGGCCAGAUGCUCACAUGCAGACUUAACUGCCCAACCAGACUCCAGCUUCUGGUGGCACUCAAUAGGCCACGCCCCUUAAAGACACAUCCAACACAUGAAAGCUACAGGAUGUAAAGUAGUAACAAUUUGUAAAAGGAGUUUAUUUCUUUAAUUCUCGUUUAUAUAGAAUACUGUGCUUUUUUUUUAUUAAUUUUUUUUAAAAUAUAUUUUUAAUUGCAUUUCAAUUCUUUUGAAUAUGGAAAACUGAUUCAAUGUAAGUGGACAGCAGCAAUUUUUUAACUUGGUCAAUUUCCUUGUCAGAUCAAAAUUUUCAAGUGCCAAAUUGUUGUCAAGUCUUAUACAACCUAAAUGUCAUUUUUAGUUUUAUCUUGUGGUGCAAAUUAACAUUACACAAAAUGUUCUUUUGUUUGUACCCAAUAGCUGGGUCUCAACCUGUGAAGUUAAACGACCAAAGGAAUUUUUACCAUAAUAAGCACUCCGAAAUUUAUUUAUAUAUUUAUUUUUGCCAAUGACAUCAUCAGCGUGGCUUGCCAAAGUUCCAGAAGGAAGAAACCACUUUGACGCAGCAAUAAGGUAAGUAGAGCUGCAGCAUUAGCACAGUUUAGCGAACACUAACCAGACUUAGCUUCUGAUAAUAAUAUUAGAAUACCGGUUUAUUCAUGAAACUAUUUUUGUGCUCAUUUUGAUGCUCGUUUCGACGCUACGUUGUUGACCUGUCAAAAUAAAAGUAUAUAAAACAGUAGUUUUAUUUUGAAGUAACACGGCCGGAAAUUAUGUACGGGUAUUUUCCCGAAAAUUGUCUUCCUGGUUAAAAGUCACAAAUGUAUUGAGUCAAGAAGACGGAAAAAUAAACAACCACAUUGGCGUUUUCACUCGCUUUUGCUGCGGCAGGACACCGGCUCACCUGUCGUGGUUGCCAUGGCGACGGCAUUCCUGCGGGUGGCGGUGAUUGGCGCGGGGGCAGCGGGACUGUGCGCGGCCCGACACGUGCUGUCCAGACCAGACCGGUUCGCACCGCCGGUCGUCUUCGAGCUGGCCGGCAACGUGGGCGGAACUUGGUGCUACCAGGAGCGGGUAGGACCAGAAGUGCGAUCCAGCAUGUACAAGAACCUCAGGACCAACCUCCCCAAAGAGGUGAUGAUGUUCCCGGACUUCCCCUUCGAUCAGGAGCUCAACAGCUUCCUGACGCACCAGGAGGUGCAGCGCUACCUGGAGGACUACUGUCGCCACUACAACAUCUUCCCCCACAUCAGUUUCCAUAGGACAGUGGAGGAGGUGAUACCUGUCGUCGUGACAACGGACAGCGACAAGGAGAUGACCCUAACCACCUGGGAGGUGACGGCACGCGAUGGCUCAGGAUGCCGGACCACCGACACCUUUGACGCGGUCUUCGUGUGUUCGGGGCAUUACUCGGAGCCCAACAUCCCCACGUUACCCGGCAUCGAGAACUUCAAAGGACAGGUUCUCCACAGUCACGCAUACAGGAGCGCAGAACCCUUCUCGUCUCGCUCUGUGGUGGUCCUGGGAGCCAUGGCAUCCGGCAUAGACAUCUCCUUGGAGUUGGUCAAAGUGGGUGCCCAGGUGACGCUGAGUCACCGCGGUCGUCCUUUGAGCACCUGUCUUCCGCCUGAGAUCCGCCAGUCGAGUCCGCCCGCGGCGGUCGAGGACGACGGCAGAAUUCGCUUCCAGGACGGCUCGGUGCACAGUGUGGACGUGAUGCUGUUCUGCACGGGGUACAAGUUCAGCUUUCCUUUCCUGCACAGCGCUCAGCUGGGCAUGGAGAUCGACGACCAGUUGGUGGCGCCGUUGUACCGCUUCAUGAUGCUGCCCACCUUCCCCUCACUAUUCUUCGUCGGACUCUGCAAGCUCAUCUGCCCCUUCCCUAACUUCCAUUGCCAGGUCCAGUUCGCCCUGGCCGUGCUGUCCGGGUCAGUGUCGCUGCCCUCCCGAGCUCAGAUGGCGGCGGAAGCGCGGCACGGGCUGCAGCGGAGGGUGGACGGCGGCGUGGCGCGGCACCACCUACUGGUGUUGGGCGCGGACCAGUGGGAGUACCUCGCCACGCUGGCUAACGACGCCGGCUUCUCGCCGCCGCCUCCGGUGGUGCGCAGCCUGUACGAGGAGGUGUGGCGUCAGCGGCGGCUUCACCCGGACAACUACCGCAAGCACAACUACCGGUUGCUUAGCGACACCCAGUGGCAGCUGCUGGACACUGCAAGUUCACCGAUGUGACGCCACAUUGACUCAGUCCGGAGUUGUCAUCAGCACCUUGUUGUUGUUGUUGUGACUUUCGGCUUGUCCCAAGGUAGUAAUUACACAUUUAUUCCUUUAUAUUCACUUUAAUUAUGUUUUAUUAUGUUUUUAUACAAUGCAGUGCUAUUUAUUAAACACAACACAAGAGAUGUCUGAGUACCAAUACCAGACAUCGGUAUGGUAGAUUGCAAACACAUAACUUUGCCUAAUAGUCUACUAGCUUAAUGCUAACACACGAUGUGAAACUCCACAGACAUGCUAACAAAUAGCAUCAAUGUGACAGUGUUAUAAUGCAUAUAUGUUUAUAUAAAGUGCAAUAUUAUAGUGCUAUUUUUCCUUAUUAAAAACA